AACCCGAGGGGCGCAGGCGCACACUCAUUUCCUGACAGCUCCACACAACAACGUCCUAGCUCUGGGUCUGUUCUCCUAACCGUGUGUUUAUCGUGCAGUAUCUGCCAGCAUAACCAGUCUCGGUCCCAGUACCAUCAACAGCGGCGGGAUGAGCGGCCGCUGGGUGGCCGUGCUGGGGCUGGUGUUGCUGGCCAGCCCGCUGUGUGGAGGCUCGGGACGUUACUUUACCGAGGAGGACAUGGAGGGGAUCAGGCAGCGCAUCAAAUCCAUGUUCUACCAUGCCUACAACAGUUACCUUGACAACGCCUUUCCCUACGACGAACUCCGCCCACUCACCUGUGACGGACAGGACACCUGGGGCAGCUUCUCGCUCACUCUGAUCGAUGCUCUGGACACUCUACUGGUUCUGGGGAACAACACAGAGUUCCAGCGGGUUUCCUCUCUGCUGCAGGACACCGUGGACUUCAACAUGGACGUCAACGCAUCUGUGUUCGAGACCAACAUCAGAGUGGUGGGUGGUCUGCUGUCGGCCCACCUGCUGUCAGGGCGGGGCGGCGUGGAGGCGGAGCCUGGCUGGCCCUGCGCCGGCCCCCUCCUCAGGAUGGCUGCGGACGCCGCCGCCAAACUACUGCCUGCGUUCCAGACGUCCAGCGGGAUGCCCUACGGGACGGUGAACCUGGCGCGGGGGGUGAGCCCCUCGGAGACCCCAGUCACCUGCACGGCCGGCGUGGGGACCUUCAUCCUGGAGUUCGCCGCCCUGAGCCGGCUGACGGGGGACCCCCAGUUCGAGACCGCCGCCAGACACGCCCUGCUGGCCCUCUGGGACACCCGCUCAGAGAUAGGCCUGGUGGGGAACCACAUCGACGUGCAGAGCAGGAAGUGGGUGGCCCAGGACACGGGCAUCGGGGCGGGGGUGGACUCCUACCUGGAGUACCUGGUGAAGGGCUCCAUCCUGCUACAGGACCAGGGGCUGCUCAACAUGUUCCUGGAGUACGACCGGGCCAUCCAGAACUACACCCGGUUCGAUGACUGGUACCUGUGGGUCCAGAUGCACAAGGGCACCGUCACCAUGCCCAUCUUCCAGUCCCUGGAGGCCUUCUGGCCCGGCCUGCAGUCCCUGGUGGGGGACCUGGACGGUGCCAUCAGGACCUUCCAGAACUACUACUCGGUGUGGAGGCAGUUUGGAGGACUGCCAGAGUUCUACAGCAUCACCCAGGGAUACACAGUCGACAAACGGGAGGGCUACCCGCUCCGGCCAGAGCUGAUAGAGAGUGCCAUGUACCUGUUCCGGGCGACAGGUGAUCACGUCUACCUGCAGUUCGGUCUGGACGCCAUCGAGUCCAUCGAGAAGAUCGCCAAAACCCCCUGUGGAUACGCUAGUGUGAAGGAUCUGCGCGACCACAAGCUGGACAACCGGAUGGAGUCCUUCUUCUUGGCCGAGACCAUCAAGUACCUGUACCUGCUCUUUGACCCCGCCCACUUCCUGCACGGCGCGGGGGAGGACUGGGAGGUGGGCGGGGAGGACGGGGGGUGUGUGCUCGGGGCGGGGGGGUACGUCUUCAACACGGAGGCCCACCCCCUGGACCCCGCGGCGCUGCACUGCUGUAGCCGCCACGCCCGCGAGAGGCGGGAGCUGAGGGACAUCCUGCUCAGCCAAUCAAAGCCCCCGCCCGCCACCCACAGCCAAUCGGAGACCCCCGAGGCAGCGGAGAGCCAAUCGGAGAGCAUCGCUCUAAAACCCGGGGAGCGUAAGGCCGCCCCCCUGCUCUCCUGCCCCGUGCAGCCGUUCAGCGCUCGACUCGCUGUCCUGGGCCAGGUGUUCACCGACAACACCUGACAUCUGGGAUCCACUCGCUGUCCUGGGGCAGGUCUUAAGGGACAACUCACAUCUGGGAUCUACUCGAUGUCCUGAGAAGGUCUUCAGGGACAUCGGGGAUCCACUCGCUGUCCUUGGCCUGAAGGUUUGAGAUGAAUCCUUGAGGACCUCCGUCCGGGCAUGUCUGGUCUGAUCGUCUAGUCUGGUCUAGUCUGGUCUAGUCUGGUCUAGUCUGGGCUGGUCUGGUCUGGUCUUGUCUGGGUCAAUCUGGUCUGACAGACCAGUUUUCCGCUCUGAGCCGCCCGGUGUCUGAGGACUUCUGCCGUGUUUGAAUACAAUGAUUCAGGUCAUGUGACCCGCUGCAGCUGGAGACAAGAACUUUGGCCCUGAAACAUAAAAUAAAACAAAAUAAAA